CCUAAGAGAUAUAUACCAUACAUAUACAUAUCUCAUUGUGUAUUCAUAAUGAUGUAUAUCAAUAAAGAUAAACAUACUCUAAUAGUCCCCCUCAAUCUCAAGAUGCUUUUACACAAAGCAGCUGGAGUUUGAACAAUAAGUUGCAUAAACGAGCGAGUUGAAUCUUUAAGUUUUCAUGUGCGUGGCGUGACCAAUAGAAGCAGUGGUCUUCAAGCAAGACCAAGCAUAGAAUGGCACUUGGAAGAGCCAAUAGAACUCGGUGAGGAUCCGAGACAGAUUCAGCAACUCGCAGUCUAGAACACAGGCCAGAACAAGGACAAAAGCUGUUUUGCAGAGAGUCGAAGCACGACUUGGCAGAGAGUCGAAGCAUGACUCAGCGGAAAGUCGAAGAAGGACUUGGCGGAUAGUCGAAGAAGGAGUCGGCAGAUAGUCGAAGAAGGACUCAGCGGAUAGUACUCAGCGGAUAGUCGAAGAACGACUGGGCAGAUAGUCGAAGAAUGACUCGGUGGAUAGUGCAGAUCGGCCGUUUUUAGAGGCCAUUUUUAAAGGUGGAUGAAGACUGUGGGCAACAAACACCUUUGCAGCCACCUAAGAAUUCAUGUAGUUGCUUUGACAAAGAUGCACACAAACUCAUAGACAAUGACAAAGGCACCGACUCAGAAGAAAAUCACUUUAUUGAACUCAAUAGUGAAAUUCUCAAGAAACUAAGCAAGAUGAACAACAAAGUGGCAUGUAUUCACCAUCCAGUGAUGUUACCUCUGAAAAUUAUGGAAGUGGAUCUCUUAUAGAUCAAGAUCAUCAGCCUAUGGUCAAAAAGACGGUUGAUUUUGAUCCUUCACUAAGUGUGCCCGGAAUGUUUACUGCUCCAUGCUUGGCAAAAGAGAUAGAGGAAACCUCUUCUUUUGAUGUCUUAGCUGUCUCAGAAGUGGUGGAGCCUAACCAAGAAUUACCUUGUGCACCUACUUCGAAGGCCUCUGAAAAUUCCUCCACUAAAGCUACUCAAAGUCUCCCUAGUUUUGGAACCCGGGCGCAAGUUAUUUGGAGGAUAAAGAGACGACAGCUGAAACCCUAAUUCCCUUUGACAAAAGCCACAUGGAGGAUAGACAAGGAACUCAGGAAACCGUUCUUGAAUAGAAGAAAAAUGCAUAGCAACUGAAGAAAUAAAAAAUAAAGAAACCCAACUUCACGAGAUCUUUUCUAGAGAGAGAAACUAGACGUUUUAUAAAAGAAGAAAACCAAUUGAAGACAGAUCAACGCUCGGAUACCAUGUUAAGAAACUGCAUCUCUGUAUACUUGGGCCUUAGGCCCCCAUGGAGCUCUCGCUUUAUUGAUUGAUCAAGAAUGUACAAGACUCGUAUAAAUAUACGGCCAAUGACAAUUAAAGAUAAAUACCAACUGUUAUGGAUAACUACUAACUAAUCUUAUUAUAAUUAAGAGACCCCUAAGAGAUAUAUACCAUACAUAUACAUAUCUCAUUAUGUAUUUAUAAUGAUGUAUAUCAAUAAAGAUAAACAUACUACAAAGGGAUGUUUGAGAGAUCAGAACUGAGGGGAGGUUGUGUGUGUGUGUGUGUGUGUGUGAGAGAGAGAGAGAGAGAGUAAUAACUUUGCGGUUCUAUUCACUAUGGAAGUUUAUCAUGUUUUCGGUUUAAGCGUGUGAUGUAUCUGCUGAAAUUCUUUAGGUCCAGUAUUUUCUAUGCUUCUACCUAUAAUUCGUGGUAGGUAUAUUUUGCUCCAUGUUGUAUAGUACUAACUACCAAUGCUCAGCAGCAUACAUUAUAGUAUAAUCUCCUUGUUUCCCCAGAUAAGCCAGUUAUAUAACCAAUAGAAGUUCUAGAAUCUUAUAGCCCCUAUCUUUCUCUGUCAUCUAUUAUAACAUGCAUUCUCUCUUUCUUUCUUGGCAUCGUACAAAUGUCACGAUAUACAUUGAAAUUUUUUAUCUUUUUUUUCUAAAUAUUAAUGUACAGUAAUGAAUUGUUUCAGAUUUGAGGGGUUUAUUGAUCUUGGAUUUUGUUUUGACAAUGUUCAUAGCAAAUUGGUGGAUUUAUGCCUCUUUAAGGGUUAUGAAAUUUUAUUUUGCUAGGAAGUUUGCUUUUGAUGCAUGCUUUAUCAUGAGAAACGAGGUUCGCUGAUCAUUUAUUUAAAUUAUUAGCAUAAAAUGAGUUUUAAAUUAUCAGUAAAAUGUGAUGUAUUUUAGGCUGAGAACCUACUUUUCUUAGAAUAUGCCAUAUGGUAAAUGGAAUUUACUGAAAAACAAAUGCAGGGAUUUUGAAUUAUGGGUAGGCGAGCGCGUGAGCCUUCCCCGGAACAACGAAGGUUGGUGUGGAAUCCAGCUUGGGAUGAGUACCUCGUUCGCCUUAUGGUUGACCAAGUAAAUAAAGGAAAAAGGAUAGAGAAUGGAUUCAGAAAAGAGGCAUGGCACUAUAUGGUCAUAAAAUUCAACAGGAAGUUCUAUCAAAACCUCGACAAACAGCAGUUAAAAAAUCGUUAUGUUUACUUUAGGAAAGAGUACAAACUUGUCAAGAUUCUCAUUGAACAAAGUGAGUUCAGUUGGGAUGAAACCAGAAAGAUUGUGAAGGCUGAACCAGAAGUUUGGGAUCAUUACAUAUUGGAACACCCUGAGGCCAAACCUUAUAGAACAAAGAGCUUGCCACUAUGGGGAGAAUUGGGCAUAAUUUUUGGAAAUUCAAUCGAAUCCAGUAAUCGCGGAGAGGUGCUGGAGGAGGGCACAAGAGUGAGAGGAGGUCUACAGUCUCCAGUUAUCUCCUCAGAUGAUAUAGCUUCAUUGGAGUUUGAGGACGAGGAGUCAUCGAGUUCAAGGGAGGACAUGAGUACGUUGCAUCAACCCAACAAGCGUAAAUUUGUGCUGCCAACUUCAUCGAAUUGUGGCAAAAGAGCACGAAAGGACAUUGGCGAGAUUAUGUUACAGACCCUACAAGAGAUGGCAGCUAAUUCAAGGUUUAGGGCAAGUCAGGUGGCAGAGGCUAGUUCAGAACAAGAGCUUAAGAAAUGCAUAGAAGAACUACAGUCAAUGGAAGGAUUGGAUGAUGGGCUCUUUGUAAGGGCUUGCAAAAUGUUGAAGGAUGAAAAGAAUGCAGUUAUAUUUAUGACGCUCAAAGGUGACCGCCGAUUACUAUGGGUGAAAGAGAUGUGUGAGACAUUGUAGUCUACAGCCUUCUGAGGUGUCCACAACCAUGGGUUUUAUGUUUUUUAUAUAUCCUUUUGUUUCCCCUAUUUUUAUCUAUGCCUUUUGUGAGUGAUGAACAUGUGGAUAUACUUAGUUUUCCUCAUUUUAUUCUCCAUAGGAUGCAUAAUAUCAAAAGAACCGUUUCAUCCUCUUGACUGUUUAAGCUGGGGGCUGGCAUUGAAGAAGAUCCAAUGAAUAAUGAUCUAGUGGUGUUUUUGCA